AUGACCCCCUCAAGUGUAGAAGUCUCCUUGCAGAAGGCAGUUGGCAGCCCCAAGGGCACUCUGAUCAUCCUGAGGAUGCUUUCAAGGCCUGGCACCCCAGCAGCUGCACCGCUCACACAUAUCACACGGAUGAUGUCAAGGCCUGCCUCGGCGGGCGUCGCCUCGUCUUUGCUGGCGACUCGACCAUCCGUCAGCUAUUCUGGGCAGCCCUCAGACGUCUCGAUCAAGAAAUCCCUUUUUGGCCAGUUAUCGCAGUUCAGAUUGCACCCUGGAACAGCCGAUUACGACAAGAUAGCUAAGGAAGAGGGCCGAGACUCUCCCAGCGUCAUUGUCUUGGGCACGCCGGGCCUUUCAGCUGCACGCAAUGCCGGCACAAAAUAUCUUGGGACCUUUAGCGAAGGCAUCAAUACCGUGAUACACUAUCUUCGUGGCAACAUCGAUGACAGUAUCCGUAUCCCUAGAUCUAAAGCGCAGGCGGCAUACGACGAGCUGUCCAAUCUUGUUGUGCUUGCGCCAGUGCAGUUUCCCGCAUACGACAGGCUCUCCUUUAGCAGAGCCGAGCAGAUCACGCCUGGAAAGAUCAGAGCAAUGAAUUGGAAUCUCGAGAACUCUGCCUCCCUGGAUCAAUCGCAUAUCAUGUGGAGCUACAACCUUAUGACUGAGGGACCCAACGACGCAUACGACGAAGACGGGUUUCAUGUGCUGGACAGGGUAGCGGACUGGCGUCUGAACAUCAUGCUUAACGCUCGCUGCAAUACUGGUCUGGCUAGGAGCAGCCCAUCGAGGAACAAGAUCACAUGUUGUGUUCCUUACUCGGUUCCGGCCAGAGUCCAGACUUUACUCCUAGUGUUGGCGUUUCUUGGUCUCCCUUGGUUGGUGUUGGACAGUGACCAAAAGGCUUUCGAGGCCUCUGGAGCUCGACGUCCCAUCACAGCGCUGAUCGCAGUGGCUUCCAUGCUCGCCAUCGCCAGUUAUUGCUAUCUCGCUGAUAGAACGCAUCUGUUCGACAAGAACGCAAAGCAAUUUGACGCUUCAUCAGUCGCAUGGUCCUCCCUUUUGUUGGCCGUUCUAGCAACGGCUUCUGUCCGAUCCAGUCGAGCGGGUUUUCUGACGCCAGUACAUCGCAAGCCCGUGUCGUUCCUAGGCCGCGUCCAGACGGAAGAGUUGAAAGGCCUGAUGCAAGGAUUUCUUCUACUAUACGACUUUCACGGUGCUUCGGAGAUACCGGCCAUGCACCUACCGUUCCGAUUAUCUGUGUCUGCCUACAUUUUUUUCUUAUGUUAUGGCCACGCACGAUACUUUCUGAGAACCGAGGACUUCUCCUUCACACGAGCAGCCCAUAUUCUAUGCCGACUCAAUGUUCUUAGCUGUCUUUUGUCGUUCAUGUUGGAUGCCCAAUGGGCUACGCAGUACUUCUCUGCAUUGGCCAGCUUCUGGUUCCUUGUCACCUAUGCAACAUUGGCAAGCUUCAGACACUUGAACAACAACCUGGCUCUGCUCGUGGUGAAGGUGCUGACAGCCGGUGUCAUGACGUCUGUUAUCAUCGAAACCCCAGGGGUCGUCGGUGGCAUUCUUCUGGCCCUGAACAAGUGUUUUGGUGUUGUUUGGGACGUUCAGAAAGUGCAUCUCUACGUCUCACUUGACAGGUUCAUCCCCAUGUUUGGCGUACUGUUCGCAGCGGUGGUCCAUCGUUUCACGGUUCUACAGCAGCAGCAGGAUGAUGGAGGAAAGAGCAUACUAGUCAACACUGGCUCUCCGCUCGACAGGCUCAACUAUGCUCUGGACCGGGAACUCGUUGGCAUGAUCUAUCCAGGCAAAGAUGCGAUUUCCGUCAAAUCAAUCUGGAUUGGGUUUUCCGGUCUAUACCUCGUCGCACUCGGGGUAUUGGGGUUUGCAGCAAAUUCAGACAGCGACAACCGUGCCUACGAUGCCUACCAUCCCUACGCAAGCCCAUGGGCGGUCCUGGCCAUAUUGGCUGUCCGAAAUUGUCAUCGUGGGCUGAGGCAGCGUCAUAUGGCUGGAGCUAUAGCGCUUGGUCGCAUCUCCUUGGAGACAUCUAUCCUGAAGACUCACAUCUGGCUGGCCGGCGACGGGACGAGCAUCCUCCGGAUCGGCUCAGGAGGCCGGCACGGAACCAUGGCCAGUUCGCUCGCCAGACCGGCAGAGCUGACAGUCCUAACUAUUGUGUUCCUAUGGGCGGCUAUCAAAUGCAGGGACUCUACGCAAAAGAUCGCACAAUGGCUUGGGCCAAAGGCGGGCGAUCAAGGGCCAUGGAUCACAGUUCGGCGAGCGUCGGAGGACACGGGCGGCAGGCUCAAACAGGCAGCUGCGGGCCAAUCAUGGCAGGAUGUCGAUGAUGAGGAAGCAGGAGUUCGAAGUGAAGACACAGCCAUUCCGGGAAGCGAUCCCAAGUGGAAGGUCGCGGGGAUCAUGGGAGUUCUCUGGCUUGGUAACAUGGCGUACGGAGAUCACUAG